AUGGGCGCCUCCGCCUCCGCGCCGCUGGACGACAGCAAGUGCUCCUACAUCCGAGGGAAAACAGAGGCCACCAUCAAGAAUUUCAGCCCCCACUACCGCCGCCAGUACGCCGUGGCUUUCUGCAGGCACGUGCAGGAGGAGCUGGAGCAGCACCGCCACUCCCAGUCCCGCUUCCUGAAAACCAGGCCGGCGGGGGAAGCUGGAACAGUUCUGUACGAAGCAGAGCUGCUGCACUUUGCUGAGGACCUGAAGAAGUGGAAGGACAGAUACAUCGUGAUCAAAAAUGACUACACUGUGGAUUGCUUUGAGACCAAAGAGGCCUACCAGAAGGGAGCCAGCCCUAAGUAUCACAUUCUUCCUGCAGGAGGCAAAGUCCUGACUUCAGAAGAAGAUUACAAUUUGCUGUCUGAUAAACACUUUCCAGACCCUCUUGGUUCAAGUGAGGAGGCAGCUGCAGCCUUCGUUCCGCUCCCAAAGGAGUUCCCGGUAUACCUGUGGCAGCCCUUCUCCAGGCACAGCUACUACUGCUUCCCAGAGCCAGGGGCACAGAGACACUUCAGCACCCUGCUGGGGGACUGUGUGAGGCAUUGCAACCAUGACUUCCUCAAACAGACCACGUAUGAAGUGGAGGCGUUCUUAGAGGCCAUUCAGUUCUUCCGGCAGGAGAAGGGCCACUAUGGCACGUGGGAAAUGACAACUGGCAGUGAAAAAGAGAUCCUGAGCAACCUGGUGAUGGAGGAACUGCUGCCUAACCUCCAGACAAUGAUCCUGCCUAAAAUGAAGGGAAAGAGGAAUGACAGGAAACGGGCCUGGUUUGGGAUCGUAGAGGAAACCUAUGGCUUAGUCCAGCAGCAGGUGGCAGAAGGAUUAAGUACCUUGAAAGAAGAAUGUAGAGAAUUUGCAAAAACUCUUGAAGGGACCAUUCGUUCAGACAUGGAUCAGAUUCUAAACUCCAAGAACUUCUUAGCUGGAAAAAUCAAAGCCAGUGUUUCUGAGCCUGCCCAGAAGUGCUGCACAGAGAAUAUCCAGCCAUUUCUCACCUCCAUCCUGGAGGAGCUCAUGGGCCCCAUCAGCUCUGGAUUCAUGGAAGUACGCUCGCUUUUUGAUAGGGAAGUGAAUGAAAUCAUCCAGGACUUCCAGAAGACCAAUGACAUGACCAGGCUAAAGGAGAAUGUGGAUCAGCUCAUGACCCUGCCCUUCAACUCAGUGAAAAUGGAGCCCUGCUAUUUGAAAGUGAACCUGCUCCAGGAGUUCCUGCAGGACCUCAAGAAUCGCUUCAAGGUCUAUCACAUCGAUUUUGUGAUUCAGAGGACACAGAACUUCAUGCAAGAGCUGAUGGAAAAUGCAGUUUAUACUUUUGAGCAGUUGUUCUCUCCAAGCCGCCAGGCAGACUCGGCCAAAGUUGCAACAACCAUUGAAAAAGUCAAGCUGAGAGUGCUGAAGCAAUAUGAUUACGACAGCAGUACCAUCCGCAAGAAGAUAUUCCAGGAGGCACUGGUGCAGAUUACCUUGCCCACAAUGCAGAAGACACUGGCUUCAACGUUCAAACCAGAGUUGCAGAGAUACGAGCAGUACAUUUUUGCUGAUUACACAAGUGUGAUCCAAGUAGAGAACGUGUAUGAAGAGAUUUUACAUCAGACGCUGCUUGAAGAGGCCCUGAAAGUGAUCGAAGAAGCUGCCGUUCUGAGGAAGCACAACCUGUUUGAGGACAGCCUGAAUGUGCCCAGUGAGAGCGUGUCCAGCCUGACAGAGCUGAGGACCCCUGUGGGAUCAGCACAGGGCACCCCCACCAAGGUGCCCACGGCUGCUCGAGCCGAAGGGUCGGACACUGAGAGCCACGGGGACAAAAUGCUCGUUGUGACUGGGAAAAUCGUGUGGGAGAAGGAUGCCAAUGAGGGAAAGUCACCAGAAAAAGAGUCAGGCACCUCUGUUAGUGCAGCUGGUGAUCAGGCCAGCAGGAAGGAAGCAGUGGCUGUUAUAGACAUUGGUGACAAACAGGAGUCCCCUUCGGCUGGCCACAAUGAACAAGGAGUUGCCGGGGGCAAAAGCGCAUUGGAAAACGAAUCAGAGUGUGUAGUGAGCACCGAGAGAGAACUCGAGGCACAACAAAAAGCUGUGGAGGGAAAAACAGCUACUGAGACUGACACUACAGUAAAAAAUUCUGGAGCCAGCCCUAAAACAGAACUUAAGGUACCUGAAGGAGCAGCAGAGGAGGUGACUUCAGAGAGUCAAAUAGUAAUGGCUUCUGUGUCUGUCAGCAACACUGAGAAAGCAAGCACAGCACAGGAAAGAGUUUCUGAGAUAAAGCUCACUUUCACACCUGAGAGUGUAACAGAUACAGAGGUUUUAGGGAAUGCGGAAAACAAAAGCAAGGUAGAAGAUGAAACUAUGGGAAAAUUACCUCAGAGUGAAAAUGCAGUAGGAACAGGGUUUGAAGGAGACAGUGAAAAAGAAAGCAAUGAGAGUGCUGAGAAGAAGAUUGUUUCCCAGGAUGAAAAGAGAGGGAAAGAAGGGUUUGGGGACAGUCUUGAGAAAGCAAGCCAGUCGGAAGAAAAGAGUUGUAAAUCCCCCGAUGAUGUGAAUGAGAUAAGGAGUUUGCUGAUGUUGACAGUCGAGAUCCCAGCAGAUACUCCAGCUGAGAACAUCAGUGAGGUCUGUGAGGCCGAGCUGCUGAAGUUGCAGCACGGGAACUACGAGUUGAGCGAACUGGCCGUGGCAGGAAUUGAGGUGAGUCAGAAGAUGAGGAGUGAAGAUGCAGGACAACGUGUGGAGUUCAAGGAGGAGCGCCCGUCCUCAGGCAGCCUGGGUACAGAUGGUCGGAGUGUAGAGAGCGUGCCCAGGGGGGCACAAGCACCGUGGCUGGUGGAGAGCUCGGCUCCGCCUCCGGAGGCACGGGCAGAGGUGAAGAGCAAAGCAGGUGUGCCGGACACGGCGGGGGCGGCAGGGGAGAGGUCGCAGCCAGAGGAGCACGCGGGAAAUGCGGUGGAAGACCAAAAGCUGUAUGGGGAGGAAGGAACAGGGAGCAGCCACGCUGUCCCGGGGGAGGCUGGGACACAGAGCUCCUUUCCUAGCCCUGCUGCAGACGGAGCCACGAGGGAUGUGCCCAUCCUGGAUAGAGCAAACCCGGGCCCAGGACUGCUGGAGCCGGUGUCCCUGGUGCCGCAGCAGCGCCGGGCACAGCCCGGGGCACACACAGAGCCUGGGGGGCCGGAGGGGCAGCCGGGACAAAAAAUGGCAAUAGCCAUUCUCCCAGAAGAACACCGAGAAGAUGGCUCAACGCAGCAAAACUCUGAGUGA